GAAGGACAGCUUGUGCCCGCCCUCAGGAAGGUAGAAGGAGGGAACCGUGGAGUCUUAAUAUGUCCCUUGCUUCAGGCCCUGGCCCCCAGUUGUUACUCUUUUCUCUAGGAAUGGGGCUGGUAUCAGGGUCCAAGUGCCCAACCAACUGUCUGUGUCAAGACCAAGAAGUAUCUUGCACAGAUAUGCAGCUAAUGGAAUACCCACCUGACAUUCCUCUGAACACCCGGAGGCUACUCCUGAGCAAUAACAAAAUCACUAAUUUACCAGCCAUGCAGCUGGGAUUCCUCAGUGACCUUGUUUACCUGGACUGUCAGAACAACCGGAUUCGAGAGCUGAUGGAUUAUACCUUCAUCGGGGUCUUCAAACUCAUCUACCUCGACCUCAGCUCCAACAACAUAACUUCCAUCUCCCCAUUCAGCUUCUCAGUGCUCAGCAACCUGGUGCGGCUGAACAUUUCAAACAACCCUCACCUGUCAUCUCUGAACGAAUACACCUUUGCCAACACCAGCUCUUUGCGGUUCCUGGACCUCCGGAACACCGGGUUGCAGAGACUGGAACUGCACUACUUGGUGUUACUCCAGACCGUGUAUCUAAGUGGAAACCCCUGGAACUGUACCUGUGAUUUCCUGGACUUCGCCAUCCACUUACUAUUGUCCCACAGGGAUCACCCAGAUGGUCAGAAUGCCACGUGCGUGGAGCCCACUGAGCUGAAAGGGUGGCCCAUCACACAAGUGGGAAACCCACUCCAGUACAAGUGCAUGACACACCUGGACCAACAGGACUACAUCUUCCUACUGCUUGUUGGCUUCUGCAUCUUCGCUGCCGGCACUGUGGCCGCCUGGCUCACAGGUGUGUGUGCUGUGCUAUACCAGAACGCUCACCGAAAGUCGGCCGGGGAUGAUACUGAAGAUGAGUCUGGGAGUAGAGUCACCGACCAGAUUUUUCGAGGCAACACUUACUUCCAGAAUCGAUUCCCUCAGCUGAUCUAGCUGCCAGAGACCACUACCAAUUGUGCCUUCCCUGGUCUGGCUCCCUGCUUUCUCACACACCCUCCCAUCUUACCACCACUGUCUUGGAGAUUGAAGCCUCCCAGUAAAAUAAAUAAAAUAUUUGGUGGU